AUGCUACGCGCUCGAGGAGAGGUGGAGAGACUGUACCCACAUGUCAAGCGUCAGGAUCCGUCCUGGGGCGAACACACAACCCAGUCCAGCCGUUAUGGGACAUGGAUUUUGGAAGGAUUGAAAUAG